UUAUUAUAUAAUAUUUUAUAUUGAUUCCGUUAAUUUUUUUCUUUGUCAAAACUACUUUAAACAUUUAUUUAAUGCUGGCAGUAUGGCAACACCACCGCAACGUCGGUGCUAUGCGCCACCAACGCAAACGCAUUGUGCUCCACACUCUGCUGCAAUUAUUGUUGUUGUAAAUGCUGGUGGUGUUGCUGCUGUUUCCUACGCAUAACGCGUCGCACAGUAGGCGAUAAUUGCCGCAAUGCUAAUUGAAACGAUGUCUCGAUGUAUUGUUGCUUGGGGUUAUGUUCUUUUUGUUGUUGUUGUUGUUUCUCUUCUGCUGCAAUUGAAUUGUUUUUCUCGCAACUCCCAGCUUUUUAUAUCUUUAGCGGUAUGAAUUCAGAGAGUUGGUGCUCUCACAACUACAUGUGCAUAAACAUAUACUUAUAUAGAUAUGUUUGUGUACGUAGCUUACAUAUGUAUCGUAAAAAUCAUACUCGCACAUUGUGGCUCCACGGUGUUAAAAUAAGCGAUCGCCACUCCAACUCUGGUAAGUUUGAUAGUUUUAAUAUGUGUUUGUGUGAGUUUUGGUAGGGAGCCGCAGCACCACUACCAACACAGCCGGUGUGUCGCCAGCAAACAGCGAGCAACUUUGCCACAUUCAACUGGCAGCAACUGAACACUGUCAUUUAGUUUGUUUGGUAACUUUGUUAUGCACGGUCGAUUCGCAAGCUUAAGCCGAUCGUGUUGUACUUCCAUACAUACACUGAAAUCCGAUUAAAUUUGUUUUGAAUGAAUGACAAAAAAAUAAAAAAAAAACCAUAUUUGUAAAGUGAAAAUCACGAUUAAAAAUCUUAAAUUAAAUCACUGAGCGGUAAAAAUAUACAAAAAAAAAAAAAACAAAUAACAACAAAAUACCCGAAUAUAAAACGGUGAUUAAACAAAAUCGAACAAUGCUGGUAUGAAAAUCAUUAGUAAGCGAAAUUCUACUCACUUCUUAACUAAGUGACAAUCCGAUUAAGUCUACAAAAUUCACAAAAAUGUUUCUGAUACCGAAAAAAUUCGAACAAACGCUGCGCGCAUCCCCCAUACAGCCAGCGACGCCGGCACAGCCUGGCUCUGGCUUAAAUCCGGAAUUUCAUAGAGGCUGUACCGGCAAGGCGCACGCCUGUGGCACGCUGAAAUCGCGUUUAGCUGCCAACAAUAACACCGGCACCAACAAAAAUGGCGUUCAUACACAACAACAAACUAAUGCAACGCUUUCUACAAAGUCUCAUCCGCGUAAGAACAGCAUCAGUUCGGAAACAAUUAGUGAUAGUGGUUCCGAGAACUCAGCAUCCUGGCAUUCAAACGAUUCAAUGGUAACACCAAAUGGACGCACAACGAUAGACAGCGCCUCAACGUCAAUCACACAAAAAGUUAAUGGCGCCAAACCAGCGCUCGCCAAAAAACCAACGCUUAGCGCACACUCCAAGGAAUAUGCGGUCGCUAUGGCCAAAGCGCUCAAAGCUGUCGAUACACCGCGUUCACCCAUGUUAAGCGUUAAGCGCGGGCAAAGUCAACAGCGUAAUGCAAUAGCACGCACUGCAUCACCAGCGUCCACCACGCCGAGCAGCGUUAAUCGACGCAUGCGUUUGCACAGCGAUGGCGAUCACUCGGCUGAGAACAGUCUAGCGAGCAGCGCAAAUACUUCAAUGACGGCUAUUAAUAGCGCACAGCAGAGUACUUUUGAGCGCACGCAGAAAUAUCGCAGUUUUCGUAUAACGGGGCGUAGGCACACUGCAGCUGCUAGUGUAAAUAUGAAUGCGCGUCCCCCUUGGAAUAGUGGCGCCGGUAUGCGCAACAAUAACAAUAUGUCGAUCUACUCAAGUCACAGCGGUAAUAAUAGCAGCGCCAGUGGCAGCGGCGGCACUGCUGCGUCCUUUAACAAUCGCAGCUUUCGCAGCUCGCUGCGUCGCAGCACACGCGAAGCGCUCAACUGGCAGACAAUUUGGGAACGUUCGUUGGCGCUGCGCGGUUACGGCGCCAAUAGUGGAGUCUUCAAGAGCUACGAUGAGGCUAUAAAACAGCAGGUUUGA